GAAUACGUUGACGGUAAGUCCUACCUUGGCAUUAAGUCGUCCUUGAACUUCGGUUGGUGUAUUCCCUUUUUUUCUAGGAUCAAAACACCAAGAAGGGUCUCUGUCAACAAAUCCUCUCAUUAUCCUUGUAAUUCACACCCUAAAGAAACUAUCAGGCCCCUAAUUUGUUCUGCAUAUGGUUAUUCCAGUCCCGGCUGCUAUCAACUCAACGAGUCUACUGUUGUUGUUGACUUUCAGCACAUACAUUUUUGGUACGAGGCCAAGGGUUCACUGGACUCACAAAAUGGCAUUUUCCUUUGGUCGAACGACGGUGAACGUGAGGCCUUGAACUUGACGACCAAGGUUCACAGCCCUUUUAGACAGUACAUGGGUCAAUCUGACUGGACCAAUCCUGAGUCCAAAACGCACGUUCUUUUGGUGGACGCGGAGCACAAUAUCCCUAUUUCUCGUCAGUGGGACCCAAGGGGCUAUCCUUAUCCGAUUCAAAUCGCCCAAUUCGGUUUCGCUUACCACAGUCGGUACAUUCGACUUCAAGGAAUAAAAUUAUCCCUUGAAAAACCUAACAACCGUGUGCUUGUCGACUUUAAGAGGAAACUCGUCUUCGGUGGCACCGAAACUGCUCAAUGGAUUUGUCGCACAAAUGACCAUUCUUGCUAUUUCGGUAGGCUUUAUUUACUGGUUCUUCACCAAACCUCUCUCAGUAAAUCCGUCCUUCUUUCACUUCUAGACGAGAGUUCAGGUUCGAUGGUCUAUAGCUUCGAUGAGGCCGAAUCGACUCGAGGUUUAAGCACCCUUCUCGUGACGGGGACUGACUGGCCUCAUGGAACCCGUCUAAUAAUUAAUGGUUCCGUGUCCUGGCCCACACAACAACGUAUUCAAAUCCAUUUUGCUUGUAGCAAUGUCUUUGGCGAAGGCAGUACUGUUGUUACCAACAACUACUGGGCUUUGGGUUACGUACUAACAGUUGAUCUGAAAGUGGUCUUCUUUGUGAGGGACUGCCAUAGUGUUGUAAUCACUCAAAAUCUCGACAUGGUUCUCAAAAAGGCAAUUGAAAGCAUCAAUCGUGAGAAAUCUGUUGCUGUCAAACGUCGGUUUGCUGGCAUCCUCCACAGCGCUUCGAUGCAUCGAAACUUUACUGUUACUGCAGUAGAACUGCGGUUUCCGACACGGAAUGAUACGCCCGCCGGAACCGUAAACGACCUGGUACUUUUUGUGCCGAUCCGAGGAGAAAAUGAGAAGGAAGUCACCAUCUCACGUCACCUUGAAGCGAACAAAUUGUUCGCCUGGUUGCGUCUCAUGUCGGUUGCUAAUUGGUUCGUUAUUAACCAAUCUCGUGAUGGCGCGUGGAAAAUUUCUGCUAAACAUACCUUCACGAGGGAGAUUUUUCUUAAACCGGGAUGGUGUUCGGCAAUGGGGCAAGGCCAGGGCAUUUCUCUCUUGGUUCGAGCCUUCAACGUGACAGGUGAGAUACGUUUCCUAAAGGCGGCCUCGCGUGCCCUGGAGCCCUUCACUCGACCCGUCCAGCACUCCGACGCCUGUGGUGUGAGGGCAUAUUUUCUUGGGCAAUCCGACUUACCGUGGUACGAGGAAUAUCCUGCAGUUCCAGGGGUAUUUGUUCUCAACGGAUUCAUUUUCUCCCUUGUCGGGUUAUUUGAUCUUUCUCAGGUUACUUUGGGCAAUGCCGAUCCCACCAUCGUCUCGAAUGCCUCCCAUCUAUUUGAUGAAGGUAUUAACACGUUGGUGCGUGUGCUGCCCCUCUAUGACAGUGGAACAGGCUCGUUCUAUGACCUGCGUCAUCUGAAUCUGGCUCACUCCUAUCACGCCUCCCACGAAAUUGGUCGUCUGUGGCAGGGAAAGCACAGAGCUGAGCCAUGGGAUAGAACGCUUCGGGCUGUACUCAAGGCCGGGCCAAAUCGAGCACGGUGGCAAUAUCACCGAGUCCACUUACUUCAGCUUCAUCAGCUGUCUGCGGUUCUCGCUCCCCAGCACGCCAAACUCUGGGACAUCUAUUUUGACAGAUGGCUAGCCUAUUUGCGGGGAUUCAGAUCCGGCCACAAUUAA